AUGUCCUUAGCAGACUACCUCGCGAAAAACUACCUCACCGCCGACACCGACGCCUCGAAGAAAUCCUCCUCCUCCAGCAAGAAACGCAAGCGCAAGCAAAAGGACGCCGGACUCCUCAUCGCCGACGACGACGACGGCUGGAAGCGCCGGGGCGGCGGCUCCUCAGACGACGAAGAUGCGCCCACGAUCGUGGGGUCCACGGCCGGAUUAUCUCUCUCUGGCGUGAAGAAGGCGAAGAAGAAGAAGGGGAGGAGGGAUGGGGAUGAGGGUGCAGGGAAGGGGUACACGACGUUCGGGGUCAGCGCGCCGAGUCACGCGGCGCAGGUUGCUGCGGACGAGGAGGCUGCCGCGGCGGCGGACAGGAUUAUCAGUGAUGCGGUUGCGGAGAGGCGGCGCGCGGGGGAGGAGGAGGAUGCUGCGCCUGAGGUUGUAGACGGCAACGGUGGGGAUGGGGGAUUGGUGAUGGAGUCUGGGGCGCGGGCGGGGCUGCAGACGGCGGAGCAGGUGGAGGCGGCGGUAAGGAAGAAGGAGGAUGCGGAACGGAGGGAUGCGGAGGCCGCGAUGAGGGAGAGGGGCGCCGCGGCGCAGGAGACGAUAUAUAGGGAUGCGAGUGGGCGGAUUAUUAACGUUGGGAUGAAGAGGGCGGAGGCGAGGAAGAAGGCGGAGGAGGAGGAGAGGAAGAAGGUUGAGGGGGAGAGGGCGGCGAGGGGCGAUGUGCAGAAUGCGGAGGCGGAGAGGAGGCGGGAGAGGUUGAGGGACGCGAAGACGAUGAGUUUUGCGCGCGGGAAGGACGAUGUGGAGAUGAAUGAGGAGAUGAGGGCGAAGGAUCGGUGGAAUGAUCCCGCGAUGGGGUUCUUGAAGGCGAAGAAGAAGGGGAAGAGUGUUACCGGGAAGCCGUUGUAUCAGGGCGCGUUCCAGCCGAAUCGGUAUGGGAUUCGACCUGGUCAUCGGUGGGAUGGCGUGGAUAGGGGCAAUGGGUUCGAGGGCGAGUGGUUCAAGGCGAGAAAUAAGAAGGCGAAUAGGGAGAAUCUGGAGUAUGCGUGGCAGAUGGAUGAAUGA